AUGGACAAGGAAUCUUUUGGUGAAGGGGUACAUGCAAGUGUUGAAAACAAGUUAGAAGAUAAGGUGGGUGUUGAUGAUUUGGCAAACACUCCUUUGUUUGAUGCUAUGGAGGAAGAGAGAGAAAUGGGUGUUGGAGGAACGGAGAUCUGGUCGCUUGACAGACAGCCCGAAGAUCUGCUUGAUGUGAAUGAGAGAUCAAUAUUCUACAAUGACUUCCCACCGCUCCCUGAUUUUCCAUGCAUGUCUUCAUCUUCCUCUUCUUCCUCUAGUCCGGCCAAAGCAAAUACAAUGACAUCGUCGGCUUCGUCAUCGGCAUCGUCUUCUUCGGUGGCUUCGUGGGCGGUCUUGAGGUCAGAAACAGAACGCCAAGGGGAGAGAAAGAAUCACCAUGAUCAGGUGGGUGCAACUCCAACGGCCUUGUCAUCCACAGCCUCCAUGGAAGUGAUCCCACCGACCGAUGUCAUCGGAAAUGUCGAUUGCAUGGGCGUGGUGGACAAUUUCGAGUACAUGGAUCUGAUUGAUGGCGAUGAUGCCUGGGACCCAUCUACCUUUUUACAGACUGAUAACCCUCAAGAAUUUACACAAGAAGAGUCGACACAGCAGUAUCAGACGGAAAAUAAUGAGCAAUUUGUGAUCCAGAGCAACAAUGGACUCAAUGGAGGGGUUGCUGAAAAGGACGGUGGUGGUCGACCUUCAGAAGAACUGGCAGUUGUGUUUUUGGAGUGGCUCAAGUCAAACAAAGAGUACAUCUCAGCUGAAGAUAUGAGGUCCAUCAAGAUCAGGCGUUCCACAAUUGAGUGUGCCUCUAAGCGUUUGGGAACCUCCAAGGAAGGGCAAAAACAACUCCUCAAACUCAUUCUCGAGUGGGUAGAACAAUACCAACUCAAUAAAAAGAAAAAUGGAGAGCCCACAACCCCUUUUCCCUAUCAGUAUGAAGAGCCUUUUCCAAACCCUAGCCUUAGCCCUACCUCUAACCCUAACCUCACUUGCAAUUCUGUUCCUCCCGAUCCCAACGCUUGUUUGUCACCCUCACCAUGGAUGCCACCGCCCCAGACUCCUUACAUCGCUGAUCCGGCCACCGUUGUCACCACUCCACAGGUUUUUCCGAUGGUUGGGUACAUGGGUGAUCCUUAUUCCAACAAUGGAACUACCUCUCAAUUGAAUCAAACAGCGAAUGUUCAUCCUUUUCCAGCUUCAACAGAAUAUCAGAUAAUGGACUCGGCUCAGCCAUGGCCUCCGACACAGAUUGCUAUGGCAUCUCCAUACAAUCCCUAUCAAGAAAUUGACAAUCUUUCCCCAGCUCAGCUUCAUCCACAAGCAGUAACAGGGUAUGGUAAUCAAUACCCAUAUCCAUAUAAUUAUCAAGGAAGUGGUGAGAAGUUGGUGAAGUUGGGUCCAUCUGCAACUAAAGAGGCUAGAAAGAAGAGGAUGGCUAGGCAGAAACGAAUUUUCGCACACCACCGACAUCACAAUCAUCAGAACAAUCCAAACCCACCUCAGACUCAGAAUCAGAGUGCAGAUCAACAUGCAAGGGUUGGCAGUACUCAUGACAAUUGCACCAACACUACAGUCCAAGCUAAUCAGGGCAACUGGGUGUAUUGGCCUCAAGUGGCCGACACUUCUGCUUCGACUGGGGGUGCAAUGAUGCCUCCGGUGGAUGUGCCCUCGCAGCCUUAUCCGGUGGAUCAGCCACCCAUGCAAGUACAGAACUACCAGCGGCAAGCCAUGGUGGACCGGAGACAGGGAUGGAAACCUGAGAAGAACUUGAAAUUUCUGCUGCAGAAAGUGUUGAAGCAGAGUGAUGUUGGUAAUCUAGGGAGGAUUGUGUUGCCAAAAAAGGAAGCUGAAACUCAUCUGCCAGAAUUGGAGGCUAGAGAUGGAAUAACCAUUCCCAUGGAGGACAUAGGAACUUCUUGUGUCUGGAAUAUGAGAUACCGGUUCUGGCCAAACAAUAAAAGCAGGAUGUACCUUCUCGAAAAUACUGGAGAUUUUGUAAGAGCAAAUGGACUCCAAGAAGGAGAUUUCAUAGUGAUAUACUCUGAUGUCAAGUGUGGCAAAUAUUUGAUACGAGGAGUGAAGGUUCGCCAACCGGGCCAGAAAUCCGAAGGGAGGAAAUCUGGAAAGGGCCAUAAGAACCUGCGUACUGCGAAUCCAGCACUUGGCACAGUUAGCAUUCAUGAGCUUGCAUGGUUUCAGAUCUCUGCUAUAAUAGGUACAUAUGCAGAAUUUGGGAACGAUAAAAAUCUCUCCCCUUCUCUCUCUCAAUAUGCUUUUGUGUAA